CUCUCUCUCUCUCGUCGGUGUGCUAGAGUUUGCUUUUACCUGACUAUUUUUACUUUGGCCUAUUAUAUAAUUCCGAAAUGUAAGCCGAAUUUCACUUAUCCGUUUUGAUUUUCUACAGCACUUGUUUCGGCUCUGUGUUUAUUCGCUGUGAAAUUCGUAAUGUGCCUUUGAUUGCCUCGAAUUGCGUGAAUCUCCCGGUAUUUUAGGACAAAAGAUUCCUUUUUUAAUACGACAUCGCCGUUUCUAGUGCGAAAUUUCUUCCGGUUCGUUUUUUUUUUUUUGUUUUUUUUCAUAACAAAAAAGUAAUCUUUGUGUUGAUAUCGCGCAACUGAUUGCUUUAUUUGCUUUGGUUUGGUGUGCAUUGAUUGAAGCGUGUGAAAAAAAAAAUGAAGAGUUUUUUUAUUUUAUUUAUUUUUAAAUGUGGAGUGAAGGUCAAAGGAAAUAAAUUUGGGCCUAAUUUCGCAGUGCAUGUGAUCUAUUUCCUUUUUUGACAUAUGAAAAUGGUUACUAGAUUUUGGGAAUCUCACAUUUAAGGCAUGUUUUCGGGGUUGAAUACGCGAUAACGUUUUUCUGACACAGAAUGGUCACAGAAAAUGGAAAUCCAACUCUUUUGUUUAUUUCCUGUGUUAUUAUUCUGUUUCUGAAUUGAAAACCCAAAUCAGUUUAGCCCAACUAAUAUCACUAAUCUAAGCUUCACAGUGCCUCAGUUUGAGAUGGAGAGACGGAGUUGGCCCUGGAAGAAGAAAUCAUCUGGUAAGGCUGGAGCUGACAAAGAAAUUCUUGCCUCAGACUCUGCUGGUGUUUUGGCUGGUUCACUGGGUGAUCAGGAUAACUACAAAAAAACAAACUAUGUUCAAAUCUCUGUGGAGUCGUACUCACAGCUCACCGGGUUGGAGUCUCAAGUAAAGACGUAUGAGGAUCAGGUGAAAACUUUGGAGGAUCAUGUUAAGGAAUUGAAUGAAAAUCUAUCCGCAGCUGAAACAGAGAUGACUAAUAAGGACAACAUGGUGAAACAGCAUGCCAAAGUUGCAGAAGAAGCUGUCUCAGGUUGGGAAAAGGCCGAGGCUGAAGCUUUGACGCUGAAAAAUCAUUUAGAAUCUGUCACACUUUUAAAGCUUACGGCUGAAGAUCGAGCUUCGCAUUUAGAUGGUGCUCUAAAAGAGUGCAUGAGACAGAUACGGAAUUUGAAAGAAGAACACGAACAAAAAUUGCAUGAUGUAGUUCUAAUGAAGACAAAGGAGUGGGAUAAAAUAAGGCUUGAACUUGAAGCAAAAAUGGGUAACUUGGACCAAGAACUCCUAAGAUCAGAAGCAGAGAAUGCCGCAUUGUCAAGGUCAUUGCAAGAGCGUUCUACCAUGUUGAUCAAAAUAAGCGAAGAAAAAUCACAAGCGGAGGCAGAGAUUGAACUACUGAAGAGCAAUAUAGAAUCGUGUGAAAGAGAAAUAAAUUCAUUUAAAUACGAACUCCAUGUAGUUACAAAGGAGCUGGAGAUCCGAAAUGAGGAAAAGAAUAUGAGUGUGAGAUCUGCAGAAGUGGCCAACAAGCAGUAUUUAGAAGGGGCGAAGAAAAUAGCUAAGUUGGAAGCAGAAUGCCAAAGAUUGCGUGGUCUUGUGAAGAAGAAAUUGCCUGGUCCCGCUGCAUUGGCCCAAAUGAAGUUAGAAGUUGAGAGCUUAGGUCACGAUUAUGGAGAAAAUAGAGUAAGGAGGUCUCCCACAAAGCCUCCUAGUCCACACCCAUUUCAGGUGCCCGAAUUUUCCCUCGACAGUUAUCGAAAAUUCCAUAAAGAGAAUGAGUUUCUCACGGAACGUAUUUUGGCAAUGGAAGAGGAAACAAAGAUGUUGAAAGAAGCUUUGGCGAAGCGCAAUAGUGAAUUGCAAGCUUCUAGGAAUAUUUUUGCUAAGACAGCUAGCAAGCUUCAAAGCUUAGAAUUGCAACUGCAAGCAAAGAAUCUAGAAAAGAGUCCCUCAAAAUCUAAUCUUCAGAUUCCCACUGAAGGUUCCUUUAGUCAAAACACUGGCAGUCCACCUAGCUUUGCUUCCAUGUCUGACGAUGGAAACGAUGAUGAAGGAAGUUGUGCUGGUUCUUGGGCUACUGUAGUGAUCAAGAAGGAAAAUAACAUUGAGAAAUCUAGUAAGUCUGAAAAUGAAAAUCAACUGGAGCUUAUGGAUGACUUCCUGGAGAUGGAGAAAUUGGCAAAUGUGUCAAAUGAAUCAAACGGAACCAUCUCUGGUAAAGAUAUUUCAAAUGAUACGAAAACCGUAAUUGCAAAUCACGAUACUUCAGUAGAAGUGCCAACUAAUCCCCCUUUCCAUUCGAAUGGGGAAUUGUUGGUACCGUUUCUACAAUCUGAUGUUGGUCCACGGCUGUUGAUGAAGCUCCGGUCGAGAAUCUCUAUGUUGUUUGAGAUGAUGCCUAAGGAUGCCGAUGUUGAAAAGAUUUUGGACGACAUCAGAUGUGCUGUGCAGGAAACACAUGAUAAUCUGCAUCAACACUCUACUGGUUGUGAUGGACAGGCUUGUCCCGAGGGCACUGAAGUGGUAGCUGAAAAUAAGGAGUUAUCUUUGUCUGAAGAUAGUAAGUCGGGUGUAGAAAUGGUGCAUACCAUUGACCAAGAAUUGGCAGUUGCCAUAUCUUGGAUUCUUGAGUUUGUAUUGGUUUUGGGUGAUGAAGCUAUGGCUGUGGAGGGAACAUGUCCCAAUGGGGAUGGAUUGAGCCACAAAAUUCAGGAGUUCUCCUCCAAAUUUGAUGAGGUUAUUAACAGCAGAAUACAUUUGCCUGAUUUUGUUCUUGACCUUUCACGUGUUUUGAACAAAGCCAGCGAACUUCAUUUUAAUGUCCUGGGUUAUAAGAACAACGAAGGGGAAAAUAGUAGUUCUGAUUGCAUAGACAAGGUUGCCCUACCUGAGAAUAAGGUGGUUUCAAAUGGUUGUGCUCACUUUUCUGAUUCCACUUCCGAUCCUGACGUUCCGCAUGAAGGAAGUUCCAUCCCAACCUUUGUAUCAAAUGCUGCAUCGUGGAAAUGCUCACUCGAGGAGUUUGAACAGUUGAAACUGGAGAAAGAUAACUUGUUUUUGGAACUGGGCAGGUGUUCUGAAAAUCUGGAAAGCACCAAGACUCAGUUACAGGAAACAGAACAGAAACUGGUAGAAGUCAAGUCACAAUUUGCAUCUGCUCAAAAAUCAAACAGCUUGGCCGAGACACAGCUGAAAUGUAUGGCUGAGUCGUACAAGUCUCUUGAAACACGUGCUGAGGAGGUGCAAAUCGAAGUAAAUCUUUUGCGAGCCAAAAUGGAAAGUUUGGAUAAUGAGCUUCAAGACGAAAAGAGGAACCAUCAGGACGCAUUGGCCAGAUGUAAGGAUCUUCAAGAGCAGCUACAAAGGAACGAGGGCAGUGCAGUGGCUGAUGUCGACGUUAAGACUAAUCAGGAGAAAGAUUUUGCUGCUGCAGCAGAGAAGCUAGCAGAGUGUCAAGAAACCAUACUUCUUCUUGGCAAGCAGUUGAACACUAUGCGUCCUCAAACAGAACUUAUGGGUUCUUCACUCAAUAAAAGCAGUCAGAAGGGUGAUGGUUCUACUGAAGAAGAACCAACUACCACCGGACUCGAGCUGGACUGUAGUAAUUCGCACAAAACAGGUGGUGAGUCCCCAAAUAUAUACAAUUCCCCUUUCAGUCCGUCCAAGAGUACUGAAGCAAUUAGUCCCCUGAGAUCACCAAUCAGUUCGAAGAAUCCAAAACAUCGACCAACCAAGUCGGGAUCAUCUUCUUCUGCUUCUACUCCAACUCCGGAGAAACAUUCACGUGGGAUUAGUAGAUUCUUCUCCUCAAAGUGAAAAAUGGCCAUUAGGCUGCUUUUUAAGCUGAGUUUCGGAAAAUAAACUGUUCUUUGUUUCAUAGUUUUGAGUCCUCAUUCAGUGCUAAACCUCAGUCACGUGGCUCCCUGUGGUUCAACCCCGCAGCUCGUUUUGCUUAGUCUCCUUCUGGAGAGAGUGCUUUGUGAGGUAGUUUUUGUGAAGUUGUAUAUGAAGUUGUGAUUAUGAAUUCGACAGUUUUUGUUAAAACUUAUGUGAAGAUAUAAGUACUGGUUGAUUAUUCAUC